CAAAAGGAGACAAAGCGACACGAUGGCUGAUUUCAGAGAGAAUAAGAUGAUUUUCUUUCUGGUAGCGAUACUUCAGCUUACAGCAGGGACUGGAGAAUAUUCAUCCCUUGUCAUCAGAGAUGGAGUCAACGUCACUUUACCUUCAGGACACGUGGUGGAUGAUGGGAGCAGAUGUGGUAGUAUUAACUGGAUCUGGAGAAAUACACAAAACCCAGUAGAUCUGGUCAGAGGAGGGCGGAUUCUCCCAAAUCCUCAAUACUCAGGCAGACUGAGUCUCACAGCAAACUGUUCUCUGGUUCUAAAGACGGUCACAGAGGCAGAUGUUGGUGUUUACUACUGUCAACUGAUCAGUUCAGGACAAGAAAAUCAGGUGGAACUCUCCAUCAUUCAAUUGACUAAACAUGAAGAUGGUGAUGAGGUGGUGCUCGUCUGCUCUGUGUCAUCGAUUGAUUGGUGUCGACACAAAGUGAGGUGGAUUUAUGACGGCACCGAUGAAAGACAAACUGAGACAUCACAGACUGAUGUGUGUAAGGAAUCGGUGCGGAUUCCUGCAGGGAAGCUUCAUUUACCAAAGUGUGAAGUGACGGAUGGUUAUAGUAGUGUAAAACAUCUAUUUGGAGUCAACUCUCAGCCCUCCCUCAAUAAAGCAGGUAUGGAUGCAACAGGAACAUCAACAACAGCACCAAAAUCAACAACCAGGAAAGGCCAAAUUACAAGAAGCAACUCAAAAAAGUCUGCAAUGGACGGAUGGUGGUUGUACCUCAUAGCUGCUGUAGGUGCAGUGAUAUUUAUAUUAAUAAUCAUUGGGCUGUUCAUCUGGUGGAAGAAGAAGAAAGGCAAGAAAACAAAGACGGGCAACAACACUGAGGAUCCUGAAGUUUCAUAUGCAUCUGUGAGCUACACCAAGAGGACAAGUAGUAAAGCCCAGGUACAAGUUAAAACUGAUAAAGAUGAGGGUGAUACAGUGACAUACAGCACUUUGAAAGUGUCCUCCUCUUCUGCCGGACCCCCUGCUGACCACGCCACCAUCUACGCCACUGUCAACAAACCAUGGAAGUAAACCACAGCACCAACGCUCUGGAGAGGCACUGCUGCUUUGGAGUGAGGACCAAAAUCUUCAGUAGACUUUGACAGCUUGCUAAUACAAAUUAAUUCAUCUGUUAGACCUCUGUGUCAACUUACAUUAGAUAAGGAUACCAUCUUCUUUAUUCAGACUCAGCCAAGCUGGCCUCACUCCUAAAGACUUCAUCAACAACCAAUGGGAGCCAGUGUUGUACAUGAGCAUGUUAAAUCAAUUCAUUUUUCAAAACAUGAAUGUGAUUAUAGUGCAGUCUGAAACACUUGGUGGUAUUGUGUCUCCUUCAAGCUUGGGUCCUCUACCAGAGGCCUGGGAGCCUGAGGGUCCUGUGUACUUCAGGACAGAGAUCUCAGGUCUCUGUCUACUGGAGCCAUCGACCCAGCUUGGGGGUUACAGCACUCAUUGCCCCGGUUACUGUGCUGCCUUCACACCCCAUAUCUCUCUCUCUGUCUUCCUCCAGCCAUUGGUAUUUCUCGAGCUGGUGUUCCAUCACCAACUUGUUAGUCUGGAUCUGGAAGUCCCACAGGAUCUUUGCUCGCUUGUUCUCAACCACCUUAGGAGGCAUCUUCCAUCUUGACCCUGGGACCCCCACUCCAGACUCAGCACAAAUGUUCCUGUACACUAUGCCAGCUACCGGGUUAUGCCGUACCGUGUAUUCCUGAAACUAAACUGAUUUAUACUGGAACUCGUGUUAAAAUUUAGACUAUCUUUGACCCUUAGAUAUAAUUAGGCACAAUCUUUGCAUUCUGUUUAGAGUUCUUGAAUCAGUUUGUGUUCUGUUGAUGCAACUGGUGUGAAGCUGUACAAAGAUGCGGAUUUUCACUCAUUUCGCAAAAUCAUUACAUUGACCUAUUUGGUAUUGUGCAUAAGAACAAUACUUACAUCCCUUGGGGACAAAACUUGCCCAUUUAAACCCAUUAUAAUUGCUUAUUUUGAUUGCAAAUUUUC